GAUCCAGAGACAUGCUGGCCACCAGAAGUCCUUCACUACCAGCAUGUGCCAUCCCCACAUCAACACUGGCCUUCGACCAGCACUUCACCAGAACCGCCAGAGGAAUUCUCCUUAUGGCCGAAAUAGUCUGUGGCAUGCUAGUCUGGGUUCUCAUAGCUGGUACUGACUACAUGGACCUGCCAGCUCUCUCCUGGGUGAUGUUUGUCUCUCCCGUGUGCUGGAUGGUGACCAUCAGUCUCUUUAUUAUUUACAUCAUCGGUGCUCACAGCAGGCUGCCGCAAGUUCCCUGGACGACUCUGGCGCUCAUCUUCAACGGAUGCUCUGCAGUUUUAUAUGGGAUAUCAGCAGUAGUGACUGCGCUCUCGGCCAGCCAGGCCACUAGAGGGCGACACAACUAUAAGUGCUGGACGGCAGCCACAUGUUUUGCCUUCAUGACCACGCUCUGCUAUGCAGGGAGUCUCUUCUCGAACUACCGUGCCUGGAAGACCAAAGAGGAGGAUCAGUAGUUUGUUUGUUUUUCCUUUUUCCAGGAUUGAAAAUGUAAAUGUCAAAUAUUGAAAGUGGCGUAUCAUCACAGGGAUAGUGAGUGUUUACUAUUAUCAAUAGAAUUGUUAUCAUUAUUAAUAGUAGUGGUAGUAGUAGAAUAGCAGUAGUAGCAGUCGUCGUAGUAGAAUUAUACCAUGACACUGGUCUGGAUCAUCAUCAGUCACAAAAUGGAUUAUCUGGUCAACUAUAUCCAUGCAGUGUUGCGCUCUUUAUUGUCAUUAUUUUGAAUUUCAACCUUUCAAAUUUGCAUUACGGUUCUGCAAUCUGCGACACCUUCUCUCAUCUCUACCUGAAACACAUUGCACUGAAAUUCAAACAGAAAGAGAAGAGAAAUCCUUCACUUAAAGGAGGAUUUUCUUAUCAGAGACAACCAGGCAAAUAAAAA